AUGACCGAAGUCGUACAGUCACCGUUUCGGACCGGCCCAAUGCGUAAGUUUCCAUUCCAAGACGAUAGCCAUCCUAUUCGUUUAAAAGCCGCUCAAUCUAUUCAUCAUACUUCUUUUAGUAAAUCUACGGGUACAGAUGCAAAGAAUGCUGACUUAACUUGUGUAAGCAGGGUUCAGAGUUGUGAGAACAGUUCAGUGUUUCCUUCACCAUCAUUAGCUAUAAAUUGGCUCAGGGACAACAUCCCAAAAAAUCAAUCUGUUCGCUAUCUAUCGCAAAUGUUAUCCAGAAUGCAAAGAUGA